CAAAUCUCCUCCCCCGGUCUCGGUCGCGCACGCCCGCCUGCCGUCACGCACGAACCGCCUCGCCGGAUUCCCCUCGCCGCGAUAGAUUCUCGCCGAUUCCGCCGCCACGUGCUCAGAAACAUCCGGCGCCGCGCCGGCGUGCGGUCGCCCGUCGAUCUCCGCCCGCGCCCACUCGCCGAUUUCGGAGCAGGCUAACUGCUGCCUGCUGAGAUCUGUCACUGAAGCCUGGUGCAUUAUUUGUUCCUAGUCACAAGUCAUUGUGCAGGAGACUGUCCUCAAGCGUGUUGAUGUUAAUUAAUUUGAUUAAUAUCUGGUGAUUAAAGCUAAGCAUAACAGAAAUUCGACAAAGCAUAUUUAACGUGCAUGAUUGUAAGCAAUAUGGACAUUAUUGACUUAAGUUCAGAUAGUGAGGGAGACAUCAUUGAUCUGUCUUCUGAUAGUGACGGCAACAAUGAGUUUCACUCAUGGAGAGAAGAUGAUACCGAUUAUGAGGAUCCUGUUAGUCCUUUUGAACUGCCUCUUUUUCCUCUCAGCACAGCACUUGACCAAUACGAUAAUUGGCAGAUCGCAAAAAAAGAAUAUGAUGAUUGGUUUAACAGUAGAAAUGCUUCAUCCUCUUAUAGCCCUGUUGAGAAUAGAUCAACCACUGAAAUGAGCAGUGGGGUGAGUAAUGAUAUCAAGAGGGAUAUUCCAUUAUCAAUAACAUAUGGUUCUGCAGCAAAAUCUGAACCCUUCCAUGGUCCAAAUGUUGAACAUCAGUUUCCACAAUCUUUCACCAAUGGAAACUUCAGUCCUCAAUCAUUUGCAUCCAAUCAUUCAAGUUUAGGUGACAACAGAAUCAAGGAAGAGCCUGCUGUGAAGUUUGGUGGUUUUCAAAGAUGCACUGCGAAUGGAAAUGGGAUGUCUUCAUCUACAAUACCAACAGAUGAUGUCUUUGUAUGUGGAGGUUCGCGUUCACAUAGGAUCUUCCCUCCACCAAUGCCACCCAGGACUUCUGUUAAUGAUGCAAAAGAUGAUGAUGACAUAGAAAAAAGGCUUUUCGGUUUAGAUGAGAGAGCUGUAUAUGAAGAAGCCCUGAAGAUGCAGCAUAUCAUUCAGGAAAAAAGGGAAGAAGAUCUGCCUGAAGGUGUUAUGUCAGUAUCACUGCUUAAGCAUCAGAAAAUUGCAUUAGCUUGGAUGCUUUCGAAGGAGAAUAGUUCACAUUGUUCAGGUGGAAUUUUGGCAGACGAUCAGGGUCUUGGGAAGACAAUAUCAACGAUUGCCCUUAUACAGAAGGAGAAGGUUAAGCAGUCUAGGUUCAUGACUGCUGGUUCAUACUGUACAAACGCUGUCCCAAACAUUGAUGAUGAUGAUGAUGAUGUGGUCAUUGCCAUGGACAAGAAAGAACUGAAGGUUGAACCCUUGAAAAAGCUAGAUGAUUCUGCACGAUUGAAUGUUUCCAGCAGUCUUAAGCUCUGUGAUGAUGAUGUGGUCAUUGUCAUGGACAAGAAAGAACUGAAGGUUGAACCCCCCCUUGAAAGGCUAGAUGAUUCUGCAAGAUUGAAUGUUUCCAGCAGUCUUAAGCUCUGUGAUAGUCAGUCAGGUGCUGCUACUGAUAUAGUUGAAUCAAGGAAGAAGACCAGAAUGAGGUCCUCUGCAUCAACCUUGAGGUCCAAGACUAGACCAACUGCAGGAACAUUAGUGGUGUGCCCUGCUAGUGUUCUUAGGCAGUGGGCUAAUGAGUUGUCUGUGAAGGUCACGGAAGGCGCUAAAUUGUCAGUUUUGGUUUAUCAUGGAGGUUCAAGGACUAGAGAUCCAAAUGAGUUGGCAAAAUAUGAUGUUGUUGUCACUACAUACAUGACCGUGGCAAAUGAAGUGCCUAAAGAAAACUCUGAUGAUGAGAAAUAUGACAUUGAAAUGUCUGGAAUUUGUCCGGAAUUUUGUGCUGGCAGCAAAAGAAAACGACUACCGAAAAAGCAAAGCAAGGCAAAGAAGAAAAAUAAACCUAGCAAUUCAGAUGGUGGCCCACUUGCCAGGGUGAAAUGGUUCAGAGUUGUGCUUGAUGAAGCUCAAACAAUAAAAAAUUACCGGACUCAAGUGUCAAGAGCUUGUUGUGGACUGAUGGCAGAAAGGAGAUGGUGCUUAUCAGGAACACCUAUACAAAAUAAAAUUGAUGAUCUAUACAGCUAUUUCUGUUUCUUGAAAUAUGAGCCAUAUUCUAAACUUAGUUCUUUUAAAGAUAAGAUCAAGUACGAAAUUACUAAAGAUCCAGUUCGUGGAUAUAAGAAACUUCAAGCUAUCUUGAGGAUAAUUCUACUGCGGCGCACAAAAGAAACGCUAAUAGAUGGAGAACCAAUCUUAAAACUACCACCGAAGACAAUUCAGCUGAGUAAAAUAGAUUUCACCCAAGAGGAGCGAGCUUUCUAUUUAACACUUGAAGAAGGCUCUCGACAAAAGUUCAAGGCAUAUGAUGCAGCUGGAACAAUAAAUGAAAAUUAUGCAAACAUCCUUGUGUUGCUGUUGCGGCUUCGGCAGGCUUGUGACCACCCUCUUCUUUUGAAGGGGCAGGAAUCAGAUCUUGUUGACACUAAAUCUAUAGAAAUGGCAAAGCAACUUCCUAAGGAAACAGUGACAGAUUUGCUUGAAAAGCUGGAAAGAGGUCCUGCAAUUUGUUCCAUAUGCAGUGAUCCACCAGAGGAUGCUGUUGUCACGACAUGCGGUCAUGUUUUCUGCUAUCAGUGUGUACAUGAGAGCUUAACGAGUAAUGGACAUGUCUGCCCCUCUCCACUUUGUGGGAAGAAACUAAGUGUUCGAUCUGUUUUUACACCAGCAGUAUUAAAGCUUUGUACCUUGCCAAAGUUGGAGCUUGAUGUAAUAUCUAGUUGUUCCACUGUGGAUGACAAAUCAUAUUCAAUCUGUGAAAGCAGUUACAUCUCCUCGAAGAUCCGACAAGCAGUGGACAUACUUAAAUCAAUCAUCACAGUGGGGGAUGCUACCGAAGCAAUUCCAAGCGAGAUGGCCCCUGUUAAGGCAAUAGUCUUCUCCCAGUGGACUGGCAUGUUGGAUUUGAUGGAGCUUUCACUGAAUAGCAGUGGCAUACAAUUUAGGAGGCUAGAUGGAGCAAUGUCUCUCAACUUGAGGGAAAAAGGAGUGAACGAGUUUAAAAAUGAUCCCAAGGUGAGAGUAAUGCUUAUGUCACUGAAGGCUGGCAAUCUGGGUCUAAAUAUGAUAGCUGCUUGCCAUGUGAUUAUGCUUGAUCCUUGGUGGAAUCCUUAUGCUGAGGACCAAGCUGUUGACAGAGCACACAGGAUUGGUCAGACCCGUCCUGUUACUGUUUCGCGGUUUACAGUAAAGGACACGGUGGAAGACCGCAUUUUAGCUCUGCAGGAGAAGAAGAGAACGAUGGUGCAAUCUGCCUUUGGCGAGGACGGUUCCAGUGGCAAUGCUACCCGACUCACCGAUGAAGAUCUCAGAUACCUCUUCAUGGUGUGAUGGCGGACUUGUAAUCAUUCGUGGGGCUGAUGACUUUUUUUCUGUGACAAUCUUAACACAUAGGCUAGGUUAGAGUUUGAUGGUAGUAUCUGGCACUGUUAUUUAUGCAAGUAGGCAUUUUGAAGCUGAGGUAGUGUAUGCUUAUGCACCUCACCAAUGGCCGAUGCUCCAAGCCCACAUUUGCACUGUUGUUGCAGUGGGUGGACAGUGUAGCGUUCUGCUGGUUUUCGUAGUUGUGAGAGAGCUCUUCCAUCCGAAGGAGAAGAUUUGUACAUGGAUGUCAUAUAGAUAUCGUUGCAUUUUUGUUCUUUGAUUAGCCUAGACACGAAACCUGUAGCUGCUAAUUGUGGAACAGAUGCUUUUUUUGUGUGAUAAUUGCUCUAGUCAACUUCAACUGUU